CAUGGACGCGAAAAAUCCUGACUCACCAUUUGUUAAAAGCCCUGGGGAAGAAGGCAUUAACAGCCCAACUACUCUCAAAGGCUCUGCAGACAAUUUAGAACGCGUCUUCCUAGACAGUGUUCUGGUCUCGGCAUGUGUGCGAUCAACUUGUCUCUAAGAAGAGUUCUGGGGAAGAGAAAAGGGGGCGGAGCCGGCCUCGAAGAAGGGGGCAAGGCUACCUGGAAGCUAAUUUGCAUACAUAACACCCUCCCUCUCCUAUUGGCUGAAAAGCGCACGCUGCGCUCAUUCCCUUCCACUAACCCGCCAUCUCUUUACAGCUCGGGCCUCAGAGAUAAACUCAACUUGCCCGGAGAUUCAAGGCGACUUCGGCCCCGGCGAUUGGCCCGUGGUUCCCCCAGCCACGGGCGGCGGUCAUUGGUUGAGGGCGAAAGCCGAGGGGGCGUGGCCGGGGCCCUCGGAUUGGCCGGAGGGGGCGGUUCCGGGAGAGAGUGGAGGCGGCGAAGCAGCCGCCGCCGCCGUAGUUGUCCGUCGUUGCUGCCGCUGCUGCUGCUGCCGCUGCCGCUGUCGUCUCCUCCUCCUCGGUCACCGGCUGCAGCCGCUGCCUCCCUUCCCUGCUCCGGGUCCCCCGUCCUCCCGUACCCGUCCCGUCCAGUGCCCGACGAUCCCGCCCUCUUCCCCCCCACCCCCGGGAGAGUAGGAGUCGGAGGCCGGGGGUGGGUGGUGUGCAGCCGCGGGUCCUGCGGUGGUGGUGACAGUUAG